AUGAGGACGCUGCUCGUUCAAAUCCUCUGCAUCGCUCUCUCAGAGGUGGUGCUGAGCGCUGCAGACUCCUCUCCACUGAGCCAAGACAGGCUGGAGAAGCUGUCUGCAGCAGGGGAGCGGUUUGUAAUUGAGGAAAUGAAGCGGGCUCUACUCGGGGUGAAGCACUCAAAGGAAACCAUGGAGAAAAAAGAGGAGAGGCACAUGCACCUGAUGGACUCCCUGAGACACAGUAACGACAAGAAGAAGGGGGCGACGCAGCUGGCUCGAGAAACAGAGCAGAAACUCAAGGAGGCCGAGCAGCAGUGUGAAGAUUUAACCAAAUCCUCCUUUGACGAGUGCCGACCGUGUCUCGAAGACACGUGUAAGGCCUUCUUCACCUCCACAUGUCGACGUGGCUUCGCCGCUUUCUCGUUCAAGGUGGAGGAGUUUUUCAGAGAAAUGGCCACCCAGUUGGAACCAGCAGAGCAUGUUUACGGUCAAAAUGAGGACAAAGUAGCUCGGACCAAGUCGCCUCAGAAUGACACUGAUGAGAGUAAAUCCGACCUGGAGCUGCUGCAGGCGGAGGAAUCGUUCAGCCGGCUGCUGUCAAACAUCAGCCUCCUCUGCAACCACAGCAUCACUCUGGUCAAGAAGAUGCCGCACGUCUUCGGUCAUUCUUUUCUUGCAGCCUUGGACAUGGAGCUCCGGCCCAGCCCGCGGUCAGGCCUCCAGGGUGGCUUGACCGCAGGCUUCUUCAGGACCGUGGGCCUGGAUCACAUCCUGGAUUCAAUGUACGACUUUGGGAGGAACGUGGUGGAAGAGUUCAGCUCCACAGUGGUGGAUGUGUUCGAGGAGAUACAAGAAGCUGAGGAGUAUUUUCAGCAGGCGAGCAGAGACACAGGAUCACUCUCCUCUCUGGAACAAACCCAGAGCAGAUAUAUGUGCAGACGACUGCGCAGAGAAGCAUCGGUGUGUUGGCAGCUCCAGGAUCUGUGUGAGACCUGCAAGGAUUAUCUGUUAAAAGAGUGUCCCAGUGUCCAGCAGCUGCACUCUCAGAUGGAGGAGAUGUACAUGUUGCUGAACGCCUCUCGUCAGCAGUACGACGACAGACUGCAGCUGGUGCAGAGUCACACGGCAGAUACUCAGAGGUGGCUCAGCAGCGUGCACGACAAGUACGACUGGGUCAACAGGCUGUCCAACAGCACGCUCGGCCCACACGUGUUCAACAUGAUCAGGGUGAUUCCACAUCAGCAGGUGAAGAGUCCCAGACCUAAACCAGACACCAGUGUGCUCGUCGCCAUACUGGACUCUCCCCCGAUCACUGUUCGAGUCCCUGCAGAGCUGGAGGUGGACGAACCAGCUUUCAUCCAGUUUGCAGCUCAGGAGGCUCUGACGCUACAUAAACAGCAGAUAAGAGGACUUGCGUGACACAGUGAUCUCUACAUCUGCAGAGCUUCUCCAGACACUGGAUAAAGAGCCCAGAGUCCAAAUAAACUGACAACUCGAACGUUUAC